AACUUCGCCACCAGGAGCAUGGCCUACGACUUCCACCAUGUCAUUGGUCUUGUGAAAUUUGAUUCCUUUGUGAAGACCCUCCAUACAUUUACCGAGAGUCUGGAAGUGUUCAAGGAACAUUUGCGUGACUUGAAGGCAAAUGGAUGUACUCUUCUGUACGACGCACUACAACGAGGAGCCCGUGAGCUUAAUAAAGUCAAGGAGAGAUUCCCAGAUUGUAGACUUCGCAUCAUAUGCCUCACUGAUGGAAACGACUCAGGAUCCCAGACGGAGCCGGUAGCUGUGACAGUGAAGCUACUCGAAUCAGACAUAAUUGUUGAUUCAAUCCUCCUUGGAAAUGUUGAGAACAACAUGCUGCAUGGGAUCAGCAAUGCAACAGGUGGUUGUUGUUUCAAGCCAAAGUCCACCAAAGAGAGCCUAAAGCUCUUUGAAAUCGAGACGGUCCUGUCUUUGGAGCAAAGGAAGCCCAAAAACAAACUUGAUGUCUCUUCCGUCUCUGAGUCCAGAUUAAUGGAGCUGUUUGCUGCUCAUAAGUACGAUGAAUACCCAGAGACAUUCUUGCCCACUCAGAUAAAUGGCAGAGUGACCCUGACCGAAAGUGCCCUCAAAAAGAAAAUUAGUGAGUCAAAGGAUGGACGAUUCAUGGAGAAGGAAAAACGGAUCCUAGAGGAACUCAAGAGUCUGCAUUGUGACCCACAUCCCUUCUUUAGAGUCUUUCCAUCAGAAUCUGAUUUUACAUUCUGGAGGAUUCUCAUGCAGGGCCCUCCAGACACGCCGUACGAGACCGGCGUGUUCGAGCUGUACUGUCAGUUUGGACCCGACUACCCAGUGAAGCCUCCAGUCCUUCGUUUCGUCACACACGUGUAUCACUGCAACGUCAACAGUGUGGGUCGGAUCUGCCACAACAUAUUCGACCGCAACUACAAUGCACACAUCACAAUGAAGGAGAUUUUUGAUGCUGUGUAUGGUCUGCUCAUCGUCCCCGAGCCUGAUGAUCCUCUGGACAGCAUUUUGGCCGAAGAAUUCUUGACGAGCCGUGAGACGUACGAACUAGAAGCCAAGAAGCACACGGAGCAACAUGCUGGGAAGUCUCUGGAUGAAAUGGAGAAGACAAUAAUAGAUCCUGUGCCACAGUUUGUACCUCAGCACCUGCUCUGUCCCCUCACCAAGACGGUUUUUGUUGAUCCGGUAAAAACAGUUUAUGGCACCGUGUAUGAGCGCAAAGCCAUCGAGGAGCACCUCAAGCAACACAAAUACGAUCCGCUGGCUGGCCCAGGAAACGAACUUCAAAUGAGUGACCUCAUGUCAGACUGGAACAUGAAGAAAAUGGUGAUCGAUUAUCGAUCCCGACAAAUUCAGUGAAUCUGCUACAGAACAGCCUUCGUUCACAACGUCCGGCGUGACCCUUGGGAUCAGUGUGAAAAUACAUUGGAUGCAUUCUUGUUGAUUUAGACUAACAUGUUUUGUGAUUGUCUCGUUGAUGUAGUUUGUUCACAUCGGUGGUGGUACUAAUCUGUUACUAACCAAAUAAGUUAGUUUUUAAAGCCUGUGUUAGAUUUUAUUUUUUUAGGUUUGAGAUUGUUGAAGACAAAUUCAUCUAUUCUUUUUUGUUUUUGUGUAUUUUUUGCUUUUAUUCAUCAGCAUUAUGGCCUUAACAUAUUUGCUAUAGCUUUGUUGUUAAAAAGCUGUUGGAGAAACCAAAGUUGAAGCAUUUGUUUUGCGUGGUGUCAGAAUAAAGAAAGUGGCGGCUCAGUU